AUGCCAAUGGAAAGGUCGUUUAGCAAUGCAAGAAUGGCCAACAGUUUCAUGUUCUGGAAUGAUUGUGUUGACCCAGAAGAUUUAGAAGCAAUGUGGAUGGAUCCUUCUGUGAGAGCUGAGUGGUUAGAUGUUGGAGAGACUCAAGGACAGAAAGUUCACCUCUCAAGGGAUCCUGAUGGUCAGCCUUAUCUGACACAGACUGAGAUGAAGGCUGUUGCUGAUAUUACUGUUCGAAGACAUUUUGAUUCAAUGUUGGAUCCGGAAAUGAUAUGCGCAAUUGCUGAGCUUGAAAGUGACCGAAAGCCUCUCAUUAUGCGAUACAACAAAAAGACCAAGGAAACUGGCUUAGGAAUUCUACAAGUUUUCGAAAAGACAGCUCAGUGGUUGGCAGGGGGACAAGGCUAUCAAGAAUAUAACGUGGAUGACAAUCCUGAUCUUCUUCACAAGCCCUUUAUAAACGUAUACUUUGGGGCAGCUUACCUGAAAUGGUUGACAGACUAUCAGAAUAACCAGAGAAGUGAAGAGUUUGUUGUCAGAGCAUAUAAUGGCGGGACGAAAAAGGCAACUCACAAGUCGACAUUACCAUAUUGGAAACGAUAUCUUGCAGUGAAGGAUGCUCUCCCUUCAAGAAAGCAUGGUGAUGCUGGCCCUUCAAACUUUCAUCCUACUAAUCCCGACUCACCAGGCUCAAAUACCAAUUUCACAUACUGGGACUCUAGAGCUUCCCCCGAAGAUAUGGAAGAUAUGUGGAAUCAUUCCGAGGUUUGUAAAGAGUGGACAAAAUCUAAAGAGGAGAGGGGAAAGGUUCGUUUCUCACAAGAUGGUGAAAAGAGGCCAUACCUUUCUCGAGGGGAACUGAAGGCUGUUGUAGAAAUAGUUGUUUCAAAGUACUUCAGCACAAAAGGAAUCAAAGUUGCUCUUGUUUGUGCUGUUGCUGAUACUGUGAGCAUGCGGUUUGUGAAUGGUACUGGGAAAAAAGUAGGAAUACUCGGAGUGGACUACUCAACCGCUUCCUGGUUAUACACGGAGCUAGGAUACCGAGCAUACAGAGUCGAAUCAGCAGACGAUCUAACAAAACCAUUUGUUUCUGUGUACUUUGGUGUAGCGUAUUUGGUUUGGUUAUCCGAAUAUGAAGGACGGCAGAGAAGUAAUCAGUUCAUUGUACAAGCUUAUAUCAAGGAUCCUGAACAUGUUGAUCUUGAGGCAUCAUGUCCACUCUGGCUCAAGUUUGAGCAAGCUCUGAGUUACUAUGAAGAGUCCAAGAGGGAUACAGGAAGCUGCAUUAUACUAUGA